AUGUUGGUCCCUUCCAUUUCUUUUUCUUCUUCAUCAUUUAGGGUUGCCUCUGCUGCUGCUGCUGCUUCCUCUUCCAAUAAUGGCUUUCAACGGCAUCAAGCAAUGGAGGCUCUCCUUCAAUGGAAGUCCAGCCUUCGUCGACCUAAGCGUGAUGAUCAUAACAAUUCUGAACUGCUCCUCCCUUCAUGGACGAUGUCGCCAAACGGAAGCAGCAGUAGCAACCCAUGCAAGUACUGGGAGGGACUUACUUGCAAUGAAGCUGGGCUCAUCACCAUUGUAAACCUUUCCAGUAUGGAUUUACAAGGUACGCUCCACCACUUUAACUUCUCAUCCUUCCCUGCCCUCCUCCGUCUUGAUCUCCAUAACAACUCUCUUUUUGGACCCAUCCCGUCCAGCAUUUCUAACCUUUCCCUACUCACCCACCUCCAUCUCUACAUGAAUCGUUUCUCUGGUAAUAUCCCAUCAGAGAUUUCCCUAUUGGCGACUCUUAGUCAGCUUCAUUUGCACCAGAACAAUCUCACCGGCUCAAUCCCUGCAACUUUAGGUGCUCUAAACAGCCUGACAGACCUAUACCUCAAUGAAAAUCAACUUUCUGGUCCCAUUCCCCAGGGAAUUGGUAACCUCAGUACCCUCUAUGUGCUGGCCAUGUCAUAUAACCUCCUUGAAGGUCCCAUCCCUUCCUCCAUUGGAGGCUUGAGAAAUCUUGGUGAGUGGUUUUCGAGCUCGAACCAAAUAGUUGGAUCAAUUCCUAUGGAGAUAGGAAACCUGACAAACAUCAUUCAGUUGAAGGUGAAUGAAAAUCUACUAACAGGUUCCCUCCCUUCCACUCUUGGCAAGUUGAACACUCUCUCUUUGUUGUGGUUGUUGGAUAAUCAAAUAUCUGGAUCCAUCCCAUCUGAACUUGGGAGUUUGGAUUCUCUAUAUGAGCUUGACUUGUCCACAAACAAUUUGUCAGGUUCAAUACCUGCUUCUAUUGGAAAUUUGAGCAACCUAAAGUUCAUAUAUCUCUACUCAAAUACACUCUCUGGUUCCAUUCCUCUAGAAAUUGGAAACCUGACCAAUCUCUAUGACCUUCAACUAUUGAGUAACUCUCUGACAGGUUCUAUCCCUCAAGAAAUUGGAAACUUGACAUCCCUUGGUCGACUUUAUUUGGCCGGAAACAGUCUCAGUGGUUCAAUUCCUGCUUCUUUUGGAAAUUUGAUGUCUCUAUCUAACCUUGAUUUGUCAAACAAUAAUCUCAAUGGUUCACUUCCUGCUUCUCUUGGAAAUUUGGUGUCUCUAUCUAACCUUGCUUUGUGGAACAAUAAUCUCACUGGUUCACUUCCUGCUUCUCUUGGAAAUUUGACCAAUAUUUUUGGUAUCUACCUUGGGCAAAACCAAUUAUCCGGUCAAAUACCCCAGGAAAUCAGCAAUCUUACAAAAUUGCAGUUCUUGCAGCUUGGAAAUAAUCAUUUUAAUGGUUAUUUACCCCAACAUAUAUGCAAUAGUGCGUCACUCAUUACAUGUUCGAUAGCUAGUAACCAUUUCACAGGCCCGAUUCCUAAAAGCAUGGGAAACUGCACAAGCCUAACGAGACUAAGGCUUGACAAUAACCAUCUCACGGGAAACAUAUCGGAAGUCUUUGGUGUUUACCCGAAUUUAACUUACAUCGAUCUGAGCUACAACCAACUGUCUGGUGAGAUUUCACACAACUGGGGAAAGUGUCCGCAAUUGACAAAUCUAAAAAUCUCAGGAAACAAGAUAUCUGGUCGAAUACCACCUGAGCUUGCAGACUCAGCUCAAUUGCAAGGACUUGAGCUUUCUUCAAAUUUCUUGGUAGGCCAAAUUCCAAGAGAAAUAGGGAGGCUUAGCUCCUUGGUGAUACUGAAGUUGAAUGAUAACCAACUCUCUAGUACCGUACCUAAAGAAAUAGGAUUGUUCUCCGAGCUUGAGAAACUUGACCUCUCAAUGAACGAUCUAAGGGGAUCAAUUCCAAAACAACUAGGGAAAUGCACGCAUCUUCUUUAUUUGAAUCUGAGCACAAAUAGAUUCAGCGGAAGCAUUCCAGUUGAAAUUGGUAAUUUUGUUUCCUUACAGAUGCUACUAGACCUUAGUGGUAACUUGUUUACAGGGGAGAUUCCUCCACAGCUUGGAAGCUUGGACAAGCUAACAUAUUUGAAUCUCUCUCAUAACAUGCUUUUGGGUUCCAUUCCAUCUACUCUCUCUGGAAUGCUCAGUUUGAUAACCAUUGAUGUAUCUUACAAUGAGUUAGAGGGUCCUCUACCUGAUAAUCAAGCCUUUCAAAAUGCUACAAUGGAAGCUUUCGUUCACAAUAAAGGUUUGUGUGGCAAUGUCACGGGUUUGCGACCUUGCACUUCUCUAGCAACCAAAAAGAAAGCCUCAAAAGAGAGACACAAAGUCAUGCUUCUUAUCACAUCUCUCUUAGCAGUUUUGAUGUUUCUUCUAUUAGCAUUUCUUGGGACUUUUUUAUUUUUUCGCCGAAGAAUGAAAAGCAUAGAGGAGGACCCAAUUAUAACCCAGCAACGUAGAGAUCUGUUUUCAAUAUGGAACUAUGAUGGGAGUAUAGCAUACCAAGAUAUCAUUGAAGCAACUGAGCAGUUUGACCCCAAAUAUUGCAUUGGUGUGGGAGGACAUGGAAGCGUCUACAAAGUAGAGUUGUCAUCAGGUCAACUAGUAGCAGUUAAGAAGUUCACCUCUUCUUCAUAUGAUGAGAUUGUUGAUCAAGAAGCUUUCAGAAAUGAAAUUCUUAUGAUGACAGAAGUGCGGCAUCGAAACAUCGUGAAGUUGUAUGGUUUUUGUUCCCACACGCGACACUCAUUUUUGGUUUAUGAAUAUGUGGAGAGAGGAAAUUUGGCUAAGAUCCUAAGCAUGGACGAAGAAGCAAUAGAAUUGGAUUGGACUAAAAGGGCUAACAUUGUUAAAGGUGUAGCCCAUGCUCUAGCUUACUUGCAUCAUGACUGCUCACCACCAAUAAUUCAUCGAGACAUAUCGAGCAAAAAUAUUUUGUUGGAUUCAGACUUUGAGCCUCACGUGUCAGACUUCGGCAUCAGUAGAUUUCUAAAACCUGAUUCAUCCCAUUGGACAGCUCUUGCAGGAACAUAUGGAUAUUUUGCACCAGGUUCUCUCUCUCUCUCUCUGCUGUGUGGGAAUACCUCUUAACGCAGAUAUAGGGUUCACAUGUUUAGGGAGAAAAGAGUCUCAAAGAUUGUGAGAGGUUGUGUACUACCAUCAGUAUGCACGUCAUUUUCCCAAAUCUUUCCCUUUUCUUUUUUAACUUUUCCAUGCAAUGAUUUAAGUAUCAGAUUGAGCA